AUUUGUUAAAUGGUUAAGCUUGACCAAGAAUGAAAACAGUUUCAUUUGUUCUAUUUAUUUGUGCUGGCCUGCUGCUUAGCGGGGGGGCCGCUCUCUGCUUCUCUACGAUAUGGAGCGUUCUCAGAAUGUCCUAUUACUUCUGGAGCACCGACCUGGGCCCGGAGCUGAGUACCAGCGCGGUGUUCGUGACGGCGGCGCUGCUUUGUUUACCCGCGAGCUGGCUGGCUAGUCUCGUGCCGCACCAUAGCAAGUCUCUGUCGCUGACGUCUACAUUGAUCGUGGUGUCAAGUGUGAGCCUGAUGCUUCUUUCUACUGGUCUCUCGUCGACGAGCUCGCUGUCGCGCACGCUGCGGGAGCCAGACGUGCUGAACGCCAGCAUGCUGCGCGCCAUGACCUACGAACCCUUCGACGCUUCUGUCCGUAGCUCCUUCGCCGCUAUGCAACUCGAGCUCAAGUGUUGCGGCGUGAUGUCGUACUCCGACUGGUACCAGCACCGGCGCUCGCUGCCGCCCUCGUGCUGUGGCAGAGUCAUGUACGGGAAGCGUACGGAGCUGUGCGAGACGCCCCUGUACCACUCCGGCUGCCUGCAGCCAGCGCUGGCCGAGUUGCGCCACUUCAUCAACUCGCUGAGCGUGAUGGCCUCAGCGCUCAUACUGAUCAUGGGCCUGAUCCUGUUCACGACCGUGUACACGUUGGUGAUCAACGUGGUGGAACGCCGCGAGGCCGCCAAACCGCAGCACCUGCGCAUCGCCUGCAUCACCCCUCACGGCGCACCUCCCCUCGUGUCCGUCACCUCCCCCACUCUCCUCCCCAAUCCCGUGCCACAGAUGUGA